UUAGUUUCAUGCGUCAUUUCCGCUCUCGACAGCUUAAGUGGAGCACGUGUGUGAGACGAGGGCUUCAUUUUUAUUUCGAAAAAUAUCAGAUUAAGAAUAUAAAACGUAGUUUGAGAGCCAUCGUUUUUGAGAGUGCGUUGUUUGUAUCUUUUUUCUACAGAUAUUGCAGAUCGAAUAUUAUUAAUAUGGAGAACGGUAAAGAGGAAACAAACGAUGACCGCUUGAACGGUGACGCCGUUGAUGAGGUUAAAAACGUGCCGACUGUGGACGCCGACAACACAAACGAUGCAGAAGCACCAACUGCGGAAACUUCAGAGAAGGCCGAAGUAGAGGUCAGUGAUACUGUUGACGCUGCAGAUAAUGCAAGUGAAGAAGCUGAAGAAUCUACAGCUGAAAAACCUGCAGCUGAAGAACCUACAGCUAAAGAACCUUCUAAAGAACUUUUGGAAAAAAUCAAGGACCAAAUAGAGUAUUACUUUGGCAAUGUAAAUAUGCAGAGGGACAAAUUUCUCAUUGAACAAACCAAACUAGACGAAGGCUGGAUUCCCAUGACUGUUAUGUUAAACUUCAAGCUAUUAGCCAACCUUAGCAAAAAUAUUGAUAUAAUUUUGAAAGCUCUCGAAAGUAGCGAUCUGAUAGAAAUUUCGGAAGAUAGAAAGAAGAUACGACGAUCGCCAAAUUACCCUUUACCAGAAUAUAAUGAGGAAUAUAGAAAAGCUCAAGAAGCUAGAACAGUUUAUGUUAAGGGAUUUCCAUUAACUGAUACAAAUAUUGAUAAGUUAAAAAAAUUUUUCAAUCCAUAUAAACCAUUUGAAACAAUUGUGAUGAGGAAAUAUCAAGAUAAUAAAGAUAAAGUUUAUAAAUUCAAAGGAUCUGUUUUUGUACAAUUUGAGACUUUGGAUGGUGCAAAAGCUUUUAUGAAUAUAGAAUCUAUAAAAUAUGGGGAUACUGAACUAAUAAGAAAAUGGGCGGCAAAUUACAAUCUAGAAAAAGCUCAAGAAAAGGAGGAACGUAGAAAAAAGAAAGCAGAUAAAUCAAAGAAAUCAGUUACUGCAGAAGAAAAGGAAAUAGAAAUUGAUAAAACAGACCAGACAUUAGCAGAAACAGAUACUAAUAUAGAUAAUAAAUUGCCAAAAGGUUCAAUCCUUUACUUUUCUGGUGUUUCUAAAAUAUGUACAAGAGAAGAUAUAAAAGAAUCUUUAAACAAAUUUGAUGCCGAUAUUGCAUAUAUUGAUUUUCGAAGAGGGGAUACGGAAGGAUGGGUACGUCUGCAAGGAGAAAAUGCUGCUAAAUCUUUGUUAGAAAAGACAAAUGAAGGAAAGGUGGUAAUUGGCGAAGUUGAAGUUAUUUACAAAGUUCUUGAAGGUGAAGAGGAAGACAAGUACCUGGCAAAAACGAUGGAAGAAAUAGCAGCAUCGAAAAAGAAAUAUAGCAAAGGAAAACGAAGUGGUAAAAAAGGACGUAACGUGCGAGGAAAGAAGAGAAAUAACAGUCCCGCUCCUAACGUGGUUCCAGCCAAGAAGAUGGCCCUCGAAUAAGAUCGACUUAUACUUUUAAGGCAUAUAAUGUGCCACUAUUUUCAAUGUAUUGACAAGUUGUAUAAAAGAGAAACACUGAAUUAUGGAUAGUAUAAGUUAUAUAUUUACUUCUUAGAAGCCGACCUUAUAUGUAAACUUUUAUUUUUAGUAUAUUUUCAUUCUCGAUGUAUAUGAUAUAAGGUACUUUGAAAAUAUAGUUUCGUCUAUAUUUGUUA